CCAAUCUGUUAUUUUAUAUGAUAUUAAUUAAUAUCAUUGUAAUUUACACUGUAACUAACUUACACAUAUUAAUAUAAACAGCAUUUUGUUUUAUAAAACUUGUUUUUGCAAUUUUUAAAACUCAACUUAUUCUUAAAAUUUCAAACUUUUCAUAUAAUUCUUGCAAAUAUAGAGUGAAUCUCGAAAAUAAUGGCCAAAAACACAAAUUCCGUAAAAUUAAACCAUUUUCUGCACUCAAGUCAGUCACACGCAGUACUGCGUGAGUGGCAGUCACGCGGAACCACACACUUCUCGUCCGCCGACUUUGUUUUGCCGCUAUUUAUAGUGAACUCCGACGACGACUGUCAGCCCAUAGAGUCCUUACCCGAAGUGAAUCGGAUGGGUAUUAACGUCUGUGUGGAGUACUUGCGACCACUGGUCACC